AUGGGCCGAGGCAUUGUCACUACCUUUGCAAAGGCCAACAUUCCCGUGAUUGCUGUAGAAUCAGACAAAAAACAGCUAGAAACUGCGAACAAGAUAAUAACUUCCAUAUUGGAAAAGGAAGCAUCCAAAAUGCAACAGAGUGGUCAAUCUUGGUCAGGACCAAAACCCAGAUUAACUACAUCUAUGAAGGAGCUUGGUGGUGUAGAUUUAGUCAUUGAAGCCGUGUUUGAGGAAAUGAACCUGAAGAAGCGUGUCUUUGCAGCACUGUCAGCUGUGUGCAAGCCAGAAGCUUUUUUGUGCACCAAUACUUCAGCCCUGGACAUUGAUGAGAUUGCUUCUUCCACUAAUCGUCCUCACUUGGUCAUUGGCACCCACUUCUUCUCACCAGCUCAUGUCAUGAAGUUGUUAGAGGUUAUUCCCAGUCGAUACACUUCUCCCACUACAAUUGCCACUGUUAUGUCAUUAUCAAAGAAGAUUAAAAAGUUUGGAGUAGUUGUAGGCAACUGUUUUGGAUUUGUGGGGAAUCGAAUGUUGAAUCCUUAUUACAAUCAGACAUAUUUCUUAUUAGAAGAAGGCAGUAAGCCAGAGGAGAUAGAUCAAGUGCUGGAAGAAUUUGGUUUUAAAAUGGGGCCUUUUAGAGUGUCUGACCUUGCUGGGUUGGAUGUGGGUUGGAAUUCUCGAAAGGGGCAAGGUCUUACUGGACCUAUGUUGUCCCCAGAAACUCCUGCCCGAAAGAGGGGCAACCGUCGAUAUUGUCCAAUUCCUGAUAUGCUCUGUGAAUUAGGACGAUUUGGCCAGAAGACAGGUAAGGGAUGGUAUCAAUAUGAUAAGCCAUUAGGUAGGAUUUGUGAACCUGAUCCCUGGAUUUCCAAAUUUCUAUCACAGUACAGAGAAACCUAUCACAUUGAACCACGUAUCAUUAGCCGGGAUGAGAUCCUUGAGCGCUGCUUAUAUUCACUUAUCAAUGAAGCAUUCCAUAUCUUGGGAGAAGGGAUAGCUGCUAGCCCAGUACACAUUGAUGUUAUCUACUUACAUGGGUAUGGAUGGCCCAGGCACAAAGGUGGACCUAUGUUCUAUGCUUCCACAGUUGGGCUGCCCACAAUUCUAGAGAAGUUACAGAUAUAUUACAGACAGAAUCCUGAUAUUCCCCAACUGGAGCCCAGUGACUACCUAAAAAAACUAGCUUCCCAUGGAAACCCUCCACUGAACGAAUGGCAAAGCUUGGCAGGCACCCCCAGCAGUAAAUUGUAAUUUAUCUUUCCAGGAAAUUAAUUCCAAAAAUCUAAAGUAAGAUUGUUGUGAAAUAAAAAAGCAAAAGAAAUGAA